AUGGGCCCGCCGCCCGCGCUGCUCCUGCCGCUCCUCGCCGCGCUGCUCCUCGCCCCGGCACACGGCUUCAACGGGCUGGCGAGGAAGACUGGGGAAAGCGCUGAGGUGGAGCCGACGGCGCUGCCCACGCCGGCGGAGCGGGAGGCGGAGGCUCGCUUUGUGAGCACCGCACCCACGCUCAAGAUCCUCAACCACCACCCGCUGCUGGAGGACCUGCUGCACGAAGCCUUCCUGAAGAAGGACUACCUGGCCCAGGCGCCGUUCCUGCCUGCUGGGGCCGGCCCCCUCCUCCCUGGUGGUGCCCUCCAGCCGGCCCCCGGACCCCCAGAACCUGAGCCCUCCCCCCGCACGCCUGCCCUGCCCCGGCCUGCCUUCCCCACUGACCCGCUGACCACGCCAGCGGGGCGCCCUGGGCCAUGGGGGGAGGCGUGGGGGGCUGUGCCAGGUGCAGACCCCUCGUGGUCCCCCUCUGGGGUGCCAGAGUCAAGCACUGCAUCCCCCAGCCAGGCACCCACCACGGCUGGUACAUCCCUGGCACCCCGAGCCGGGGCCACUGUGGUGCCUGGGGAUGAGGAGGGCACCACCACCACCUCCACCAUCACCACCACCACUGUCACCACACUGCAGGGGCCAGCUCCCUGCAACCAGACGCUGGCGGGUCCCGAGGGUUGGCUGGUGUCCCCAGAGCCAGCUGGUGUCCCCUAUGAUGGCAGCCUGGACUGCACCUACACCAUCUCUGUCUACCCUGGUUAUGGUGUAGAGCUCAAGGUAGAGAACAUCAGCCUGGCAGAAGGGGAGACACUGACGGUGGAGAGCGCGGGAGGUCUGGAGCCCAAUCUCCUGGCCAACGAGUCCUUCCUGCUGCGGGGCCAGGUUAUCCGCAGCCCAGCCAACCUCCUCACCCUCCGCUUCCAGAGCCCCCGGCCCCCCAGCCCUGGCUCCUACCACUUUCACUACCAAGCCUACCUGCUGAGCUGCCCCUUCCCAGCACGGCCGGCUUUCGGGGAGGUCUCUGUCAGCAGCCUGCACCCCGGUGGGGACGCCCGUUUCCGCUGCUCCACGGGAUACCAGCUGCAGGGAGCCCGCCGGCUCGUCUGCCGCAACGCCACCCGCCCCUUCUGGAGCGCCCGCGAGCCCCUCUGUCUCGCGGCGUGUGGCGGGGUGGUCCGGAAUGCCACCGUGGGACGCAUCGUGUCGCCCGGCUUUCCCGGGAACUACAGCAACAACCUGACGUGCCACUGGCUGCUGGAAGCGCCGGAUGGCCACCGCCUGCACCUCCACUUCGAGAAGGUGUCACUGGCAGAGGACGAUGACAGGCUCAUCAUCCGCAACGGCAACAACGUGGAGGCACCGCCGGUGUACGACUCCUACGAGGUGGAGUACCUGCCCAUCGAGGGGCUGCUCAGCACCGGGCGCCACUUCUUCGUGGAGCUCACCACCGACAGCAGCGGGGCCGCGGCAGGCAUGGCACUGCGCUAUGAAGCCUUCGAGCAGGGGCAUUGCUACGAGCCCUUCGUCAAGUACGGGAACUUCACGGCCAGCGAUCCCCGGUACUCCGUGGGCACCACGGUGGAGUUCAGCUGUGACCCUGGCUACACGCUGGAGCAGGGCUCCACCAUCAUUGAGUGUGUCGACCCCAGUGACCCGCAGUGGAAUGAGACAGAACCGGCGUGCCGUGCGGUGUGCAGCGGGGAGCUGACGGACACGGCCGGAGUGGUGCUGUCACCCAACUGGCCAGAGGCAUAUGGCAAGGGCCAGGACUGCAUCUGGGGGCUGCACGUGGAGGAGGACAAGCGCAUCAUGCUGGACGUCCGCGUGCUGCGGCUGGGCUCAGGGGACAUGCUGACCUUCUACGACGGGGACGACCUGACGGCACGCAUCCUGGGCCAGUACACGGGCGCCCGUGGCCGCUUCAAGCUCUAUGCAUCCACUGCCGAUGUCACCGUGCAGUUCCAGUCUGACCCCGGUGCCGGUGCCUUUGCCUAUCGGCAGGGCUUUGUCAUCCACUUCUCCGAGGUUCCCCGUAAUGACACCUGCCCCGAGCUGCCGGACAUUGCCAAUGGCUGGAAGACGUCCUCACAGCCAGAGCUUCUCCAUGGCACUGUGGUCACAUUCCAUUGCUACCCCGGCUUCCAGCUGACUGGCACUGACCUCCUGAUGUGUCACUGGGACCUGACGUGGAGCGGUGAUCUGCCCUCCUGCGAGCGGGUGACAACCUGCCGGGACCCUGGGGACGCUGAGCACAGCCGCAGGGUGGUCUCCAACCCUAAAUUCCCUGUGGGAGCCACCGUGCAGUAUGUCUGUGACAAGGGCUAUGUCCUGGCGGGCGCCGGGACCCUCACCUGCCAUGACCGUGCCGCGGGGGGACCCAAGUGGAGUGACCGCCUCCCCAAGUGCAUCCCGGAGACGUACGAGCCCUGCCACAACCCCGGCGUGCCGGCGGGCGGGCGGCAGAGCCCGGAGCGGCGGCUGUACCCGGCGGGAGCCACCCUACACUUCUCCUGCACCGCCGGCCGGGCGCUGCUGGGCGAGAGCAGCCUACGCUGCCUGCCCGGGCACCCCUCACGCUGGAGCGGCUCCCCUCCCAUCUGCAAAGCGGCCUCCUACGAUGAGUUUUACAGCAACCGCAACCUGGAUGCUGUGGCCAAGGCCGUGCCCUCGGGGACAACGCUGGAGGGCACCAACGUGGCCAUCGCUGUCUUCCUGCCCGUGCUGGUGGUGGCCCUGCUCAUCGGGGGCAUUUAUCUCUACUUCUCCAAGCUCCAGGGGAAGCCAGCUCUGCAGCUGCCCCUUGCUGGCUCCCACCCCUACGACCAUAUCACCGUGGAGUCGGCUUUUGACAAUCCCACCUAUGAGACAGGAUCUGUUUUCUUUGCAGGACACGAGGGAAUAUGA